CCUCUUAACCCAACAAUUUCACCCCUUGUCUAUCGUCGGUCUCUUGUUUGUUCGAAGUAAUCGUGGCAUCUUCAUAAAAGCGGUGACAUUUACUCUAAACUCUGACGCGUCCAGCGCUAGCAACACUACUAGCUCAUCUCCAGCAACGACACAAACCAGCUUCCUCGAGUCAAGUCGUUGAGACGAACGUCAUGGCUUGAACAGAAACGCAGCGAUUAACGCGUCUCACGUCGAAACUCUCUGGUUGUUCGAAGCGUUAAGACAGAAAAGGUUACAAAAGGAAUUAUUAGCUCUGCAAAAUGAUCCACCCCCUGGAAUGACGCUAAACGAAAAAAGUGUACAGAACACCAUCACUCAGUGGAUUGUCGACAUGGAGGGAGCCCCUGGCACACUGUAUGAAGGAGAGAAAUUUCAGCUGCUGUUCAAAUUUAGUAGUCGAUAUCCCUUUGAUUCCCCUCAGGUAAUGUUCACAGGAGAGAAUAUACCAGUCCACCCUCACGUGUAUAGCAACGGUCACAUCUGUCUGUCUAUCCUAACGGAAGAUUGGUCGCCAGCUCUCUCAGUGCAAUCUGUUUGUCUUAGCAUUAUUAGCAUGUUGUCCAGCUGCAAAGAAAAGAGACGACCGCCUGAUAACUCUUUUUAUGUAAGAACAUGUAACAAAAAUCCAAAGAAGACAAAAUGGUGGUAUCACGAUGAUACGUGCUAAUGUACAAACUUUGUUAUAACUGUAGAGGAAAGAAGUCCUACUGACCUACGUAAAGCACUUUUUAAUCAUUCAGUCUCUGACCUUUGACUGGAACAAUGGACACCAUGCGCUGGAGGCUCUUGACCGCAGUAGCCCCCUGGGACAGUUGGAUGCAUGUUUUAGUCUAACUCCAAGAACGAAUAUAUUGAAACAUUUGAAUGCAUCCAAGAUGGAUCAUCUUUGGGGCAGGAUGCUAAUGUUGUGGCAAACGGGCAGGGUGGAUUUGUAGUUGUUAUGUUUCCUGUUUCAAGAUUACUAUUGUUUUGUUUUGUUUUUUUUUGCGUGCGGCUGCAUUUUAGGUCCUUGUGUUGUGCAAUAAAAUCCCAUGGAUGCAUGCCUGGGCCUACACAGAAAUCCAAAUCGAAUCCAUGUCUGGAACGGGUCGGACCACUAUGACCCGGAGUCAAUGCCUCGUCUACUCUUUUUUUUAAUUUUUUUUUUUUAAGCAUUCUUAUUGUAUGCACUGUGAAGGUUAAGCUCAAAGCACUAUUACACAAUUAUUUUCAUCUGGAGACCUGUCUUCACUGUUGCAAGGUUUUAGUUGAACAUUUUAUCAAGAGGUUACAUAAUUGUCGCUUCAUCUUCCAACUUGAGACCACAGUACUGCCUGUUUUUGAGUGGAAUGUUGAUGGGAAUCGAACAGUUAGCGUGGUGAAUAUGUCUUCUCGUGACACUGAUGUGCGGUGGCCUCUCUUCCAUUGAAAGAAUGUCUGCUGGAGGGCAGGGUCACAUAUACUUUAUUUUUAUGAGAGUUCUUUUCUAUUUCAUGCUUUAAUAUAUGCUUCUAUAAAGUUGGACUUUUUUUUAUGUCUUGGGUUUUUGGUGCAGUUUUUUUUUCAACCGUCAAAAUGGUUGCUGGGUUAGUAUGUUUAUAUAUAUAUAUAUAUAUAUAUAUUUUUUUUUUUUUUCCUUUUGCUAUUUAAACUUCCUCAACAAAUGACAGUCAUUUUGCAUUCACAUUUUUUUUUUAUUCCCCUGGUCAGAGUUUUGGCUCAGGUACUUUUCGAUAAAGUGAUCACCUCUGAAAGGAACCCUAUCAAAUAUUUAACUAUAUUUUCACCAAAAAGACUGUUACGUUGUUGAAUGCUAACAUGUCUACUAUUAUUGUAAAUAAUUAUUUUAAGGAAAUUGUAAAAGACAUUAGCAGGUGUGUUUACUUUGUCACAGGAUGAUGAUAGGAGUGCUUUUAUUUGUUGGACGUUUGUCUGCAUCUUUGGCUUAUUACUACUGUUGCGUCAAAAAUUUUAGUGAUGUGGGUGUGCAUGCAAGUUUGGACCCACUAGCUUUCCUUAUUGGCAUUAGUUAUUGUUACAGCUAUAACUCUCCAUCAAUGUGUGAUGGUUGAUGGGACUGAUAUAACACCUCAAGUCCUGUCAGUGGCCAUGUUAUUACUUCAUUCCAAAAGUGAAAUUCAUCACUCUCUGGUAAACGAUACUUGAACUUCACAUCUUUGGUUGCUUUUCCAGACUUAUUGUUUCGUAUCAACAUGAGUGAAUGUGCGAAUACUAGUACUGUAGAGGAGACAACCACAGCACACUGAUAAUUCAAUGAUGUAUAAAAGACUUUGACUAUAUAUUAACCAACAAAUGAAGCCCAAUUGCUAUGCUGGCUGCUGAGAAACAAAUAUAAUUGUGACUGUGGAUGCAGCCCAGACGUCGGAGUAGUUGGUAGAGGUCUGCAGAACGUCCAGGCUAAAUUAUUAUAAUUUGGGAAAUCUAUUGCUUUUCUGUCUUUUCUUCCUUUGUCACACCCUCCUUUUCCAAUGUGGUUUAAAAUCUUAGUUUGAAAGUUGAUGCGAGUGACCAAGUCUGAGGGUGAAAUUAUUUAUAUUUAAACUUUUGUUUUGAGAUGUGCAAGCUCCAUGUUAUAGGUGCCUGUUCAUUGUCACAAUCAAUAAUAAAGGCAAAGAUUCACUUUUAUUCAAUGUAUUUGUACUUUU